GUCUUCAGCAAAUCUCCAGCCCUGACUUGCAAUAUUUACAUAAAUCACUCUGCUAACAAAGCUCACUACUUUCACCUCCUCUUUUCGUCUUCAUCUUUUUCAAUGGAUUGUUGCAGCUCUCCUUUUGAUUGCCUUAUCUUCGAUUUGGAUGACACUCUGUAUUCUUCCAAGCUGGGAAUCGCUGAAGCUCUAAGGAAGAACAUUGACGAUUUUCUCGUUGAGAAAUGUGGAUUUGCAGAGAACAAAGCUUCGAGUCUCCGAGUUGAACUAUUUAAAACUUAUGGCAGCUCUCUCGCUGGUUUGCGGGAUUUAGGAUAUGACAUCGGUGCUGAUGAUUAUCAUAGUUUUGUGCAUGGAAGAUUGCCUUACGAUUUGAUCAAUCCAGACUCUCGAUUACACAACCUUUUGCGGAGCAUCACCCAAAGAAAAAUUAUUUUCACCAAUUCGGAUAGAAUUCACGCAAUGAAGGUCCUGAAAAGAUUAGGAUUAGAAGACUGCUUCGAUCAAAUCAUAUGCUUUGAGACGAUGAAUCCAAAUCUCUCAAAAUCGACGAGUCCUGAUGAAUUCCCUGUUCUUCUCAAGCCUUCGAUGGACGCCAUGAAAAUUGCUCUCCAAGCUGCCGAUGUCGACCCUCGCCGCACGUUGUUCCUGGACGAUAACGCGCGCAAUGUGGCAGCAGGGAAAGCUAUGGGACUUCAAACUGUUCUGGUUGGAAAGACAGCGAAGAGCAAAGAAGCAGAUUAUGUAUUGGAUAACGUAAACAAGCUGGCACAGGUAAUUCCUGAAAUUUGGGUGACUGGAAAGGACAAUAAUGGUGAUCAAAGCAUCAACCGCACCAGGAGUGAAUUAGAUUCCAUCCUCGCAACCACUCCUGUUGGUGCCUAAUCACAUCAACGCCUCUUCCGUCCGUUGUGUACAAUUUGUACAUUUACCAAUUUCCUAAUUCCAUGAGGGUAUCAUCAAAAUGUGCAUAUGAAUGGUCACUUGCGUAAAUGGCAUGUCCAUAUAAUAAAAUUUGCAUCACCAUGUUUAGUUAAA